AGGACCGGGUUUCCCAGACUUGUCGCUCCGCACGCCGCGCGGCUUCCGCCGUAGCCCCUGCUUCCUCCUCGCGGGUCUGGUGCGGCGGGCUCUCUAGGCCGGCGUGUCUCUAUGGCCGCAGGGCCGUCAGUUCCGCAGGCUCUCUCUGCACCAUGGCUCCGGCAAGAGAAAAUGUCAGUCUAUUCUUCAAACUAUACUGCUUGACAGUGAUGACUCUGGUGGCUGCCGCUUAUACCAUAGCUUUAAGAUAUACAAGGACAACAGCGGAAGGACUCUACUUUUCAACCACAGCCGUGUGCAUCACAGAAGUUAUAAAGUUACUGAUAAGUGUCGGCCUUCUAGCUAAAGAAACAGGCAGUUUGGGUAGAUUUAAAGCCUCUUUGAGUGAAAACGUCUUGGGGAGCCCUAAGGAGCUGCUGAAGUUAAGUGUGCCGUCACUGGUGUAUGCUGUGCAGAACAACAUGGCUUUCCUAGCUCUCAGUAACCUGGAUGCAGCAGUGUACCAGGUGACCUAUCAACUGAAGAUUCCCUGCACUGCUUUAUGUACUGUUUUAAUGUUAAAUCGAUCACUCAGCAAACUACAGUGGAUUUCGGUCUUCAUGCUGUGUGGUGGGGUCACACUUGUACAGUGGAAACCAGCCCAAGCUACAAAAGUCGUGGUAGCGCAGAACCCGUUGUUAGGCUUUGGAGCUAUAGCCAUUGCUGUGCUGUGCUCGGGAUUUGCAGGAGUUUAUUUUGAAAAAGUUUUAAAGAGUUCAGACACUUCCCUUUGGGUGAGAAACAUUCAGAUGUAUCUGUCAGGGAUCGCUGUGACAUUAGCUGGUACCUACUUGUCGGAUGGCGCUGAAAUUAAAGAAAAAGGAUUUUUCUAUGGCUACACGUAUUAUGUCUGGUUUGUUAUCUUCCUUGCUAGUGUGGGAGGCCUCUACACGUCAGUGGUGGUGAAGUACACAGACAACAUCAUGAAAGGCUUCUCUGCGGCCGCAGCCAUUGUUCUGUCUACCGUUGCCUCAGUCAUACUGUUUGGAUUGCAGAUAACACUUUCAUUUACACUGGGAGCUCUUCUUGUAUGUGUUUCCAUUUAUCUCUAUGGGUUACCCAGACAAGAUACCACAUCCAUUCAACAAGAAACAACUUCAAAAGAAAGAAUCAUUGGUGUGUGAUUUGAAUCUCAAGAGAUUCCUAUAAGGACUAAACUGUUGAUAAUAAAUUAGAGCCUUAAGUCAACCCCAGAUGGUAGUUUAAACAUUGUCAACAAAUUAACUGUAUGACAUAAGAAUCAAGAAGAAAACUCUGAAUGAAAUGCUAAAACAGAUUUAAUUUGGGUGUGUUUGGUGUCAAGUUAUAUUAUUUCAGAAUGAAGGACUUUGUGUGUGUGUGUGUGUGUGUGUGUGAGAGAGAGAGAGAGAGAGAGAGAGAGAUAGAGAGAUAGAGAGAUCUUGUACAUAGAGCAUGGAGGUGACAAUGGUGUGUGUGUGUGUGUGUGUUUGUGUGUGUGUGUGUGUGUGUGUGUGUGUGUGUGUGUGUGUGUGUGUGUGAUAUCCACAGAGCAUGGAGACAACAAUGUAGGUCAGAGCACCAGGUGAAACUACAAUAUUCAAGCAACAACGUUUAAGACAGUGUCUGAGGGUUCAAGUGCCAAAGCCGUUUCUGUGCACACUGUUCUGUUGUUCAGGUACUGGGAGAGGAAGGUGAGCCUUCUUCUCCAGUUUAUGGAUAGUACUUUGUCCCCAUAGCAGUAAAAGAUCUGGCUUCUCUUAUGGAAGUGAGGAAGGACAGUUCGGAACACUACUCAGUGUGUAACUUAUAAAACAGGUCUACUUCAUAGCUCAGACACUGACUUCUAGGUGACGACUGAGAACUUCAGUGAUGUAUUUGUGCCAUUUACUGACUGGUUCCUAUUUCUUUGCUGUCAGCUGAUAUACUUUUCAGAAAAUUUUAUAAGCCGCUUUUAUACUUUCUUUUUUAUAAAGUAUGGUUACCUGUUGGGCUCUCAAUUUGUGACUUUUAGUGAUUUUAAAAUAUUUCUAUAAUGUUAAUGAGGAAAUCCAGCAAUAAACUUAUUUAUAUCA